GCUGGGGGGGUUCCCGGGCGCGCGGCAGGGCCCCCCCCCCCGCCAUGGACAUGCCCAAGGGCAAGGGGGGCGCGGGCGGGAAGCUGCUGCAGUCCACCAGUCUCGACGCCAAGGACGAGCUGGAGGAGAGACUAGAAAGAUGCGUUGGCAUCCUGACUUCACUGACCAGUGGGCUGUCAGAGAGAGAAGCCAACGAUGCCUUGAAUGCACACGUGUGUAAAGGCCCUCCUCAGCACGAGGAGAUCUGCCUGGGCCUCUUCACCCUGGUCCUCACUGAGCCCUCGCAGGCACAGAAGUGCUACCGGGACCUGGCUCUGGUGAGCAGAGAUGGCAUGAACAUUGUCCUGAACAAGAUCAACCAGAUCCUCAUGGAAAAAUACUUGAAGCUGCAGGACACCUGCCGGACGCAGCUGGUGUGGCUACUGCGGGAGCUGGUGAAGGGCGGUGUGCUCGGUGCCGAUGGUGUCUGCAUGACCUUCAUGAAGCAGAUUGCAGGCGGGGAUGUGACGGCAAAGAAUAUCUGGCUGGCAGACAACGUCCUUGACAUCCUGACGGAGCAGAGAGAGUGGGUGCUCAAGAGUAGCAUCCUGAUCGCCAUGGCAGUGUACACUUACCUACGGCUCAUCGUGGACCAUCAUGGCACCCCACAGCUCCUGGCCCUGCGUCAGAAGGAGGUGGACUUCUGCAUCACCCUGCUCCGGGAACGGUUCAUGGACUGCUUCAUGAUUGGCCGGGACCUGGUGAGACUCUUGCAGAACGUUGCUAGGAUACCGGAGUUCGAGCAGCUCUGGAAGGACAUCAUCCACAACCCACAGGCCCUGAGUGCCCAGUUCACAGGUGUCCUGCAGCUCCUGCAGUCGAGGACAUCUCGCAAGUUCCUGGCCUGUCGGCUCACCCCUGACAUGGAGACCAAGUUGCUCUUCAUGACCUCCCGGGUGCGGUUUGGGCAGCAGAAGCGGUACCAGGACUGGUUCCAGCGGCAGUACCUGUCCACCCCAGACAGCCAGUCACUGCGCUGCGACCUUAUCCGCUACAUCUGUGGCGUAGUCCACCCAUCCAAUGAGGUGCUCAGCUCUGACAUUCUGCCACGCUGGGCCAUCAUCGGCUGGCUGCUCACCACCUGCACGUCCAAUGUUGCAGCUUCCAAUGCCAAACUCGCCCUGUUCUACGACUGGCUCUUCUUCAGCCCUGAGAAGGACAGCAUCAUGAACAUCGAGCCUGCCAUCCUGGUGAUGCACCACUCCAUGAAGCCCCACCCUGCCAUCACGGCCACACUGCUGGACUUCUUGUGCCGGAUCAUUCCCAACUUCUACCCCCCACUGGAGGCCCAUGUCCGGCAAGGCGUCUUCAACUCCCUCACGCACAUCGUGGAGAAACGUGUCCUUGCGCACCUGGCUCCCCUGUUUGACAACCCCAAGCUGGACAAGGAGCUCCGGGCUAUGCUGAGGGAGAAGUUCCCUGAGUUCUGCAGCUCACCCUCGCCUCCCAUCGAAGUCAAAAUCGAGGAGCCGGUUUCCAUGGAAAUGGACAAUCACAUGUCUGACAAGGAUGACAGUUGCUAUGACAACGCGGAGGCGGCUUUCAGCGAUGACGAGGAGGACUUGAACAGCAAAGGGAAGAAGCGGGAGUUCCGGUUCCACCCAAUCAAAGAGACCAUCAUCGAGGAGCCUGUCGACAUCACGCCCUUCCUGGACCAGCUGGACGAGUCUUUGAAGGACAAAGUUGUGUUGCUGCAGAAGGGCAGCGACACGGAAGCUCAGUGUGAGGUCAUGCAGGAAAUCGUGGAUCAAGUCCUGGAGGAGGACUUCGACUCAGAGCAGCUCUCGGUGCUGGCCUCCUGUCUGCAGGAGCUCUUCAAGGCGCACUUCCGCGGGGAGGUUUUGCCAGAGGAAAUCACAGAAGAGUCUCUGGAGGAGUCGGUGGGGAAGCCGCUUUACCUAAUAUUUAGGAAUCUCUGCCAGAUGCAGGAGGACAACAGCGGCUUCUCCCUACUGCUGGAUCUCCUGUCCGAGCUCUACCAGAAGCAGCCCAAGAUCGGCUACCAUCUCCUCUACUACCUGAAAGCCAGCAAAGCAGCUGCCGGAAAGAUGAACCUGUACGAGUCCUUCGCCCAGGCCACGCAGCUGGGGGACCUGCACACGUGCCUCAUGAUGGACAUGAAAGCUUGCCAGGAGGAUGACGUGCGGCUACUGUGCUACCUCACCCCCUCCAUAUAUACAGAGUUCCCAGAUGAGACCCUGCGAAGCGGGGAGCUGCUGAACAUGAUUGUGGCUGUCAUCGACUCUGCCCAGCUACAGGAGCUGGUGUGCCAUGUGAUGAUGGGUAACCUGGUGAUGUUCCGGAAGGAUUCAGUGCUCAACAUCCUGAUUCAGAGCCUGGACUGGGAGACGUUUGAGCAGUACUGCACCUGGCAGCUCUUCCUGGCACACAGCAUCCCCCUGGAGACCAUCAUCCCCAUCCUGCAGCACCUCAAGUACAAAGAGCACCCGGAGGCGCUGUCUUGUUUGCUGCUGCAACUGAGGCGAGAGAAGCCUAGUGAGGAGAUGGUGAAGAUGGUGCUGAGCCGGCCCUGCCACCCUGACGACCAGUUCACCACUAGCAUCCUGCGGCACUGGUGCAUCAAACACGAUGACCUGCUGGCCGAGCACAUCAAGUCCCUGCUCAUCAAGAACAACAGCCUCCCGCGCAAGCGCCAGAGCUUGCGCAGCUCCAGCAGCAAACUGGCCCAGCUGACCCUGGAGCAGAUCCUGGAGCACCUGGACAACCUCCGGCUCAACCUGACCAACACCAAGCAGAACUUUUUCAGCCAGACGCCUAUCCUGCAGGCGCUGCAGCACGUCCAGGCCAGCUGCGAUGAGGCCCACAAGAUGAAGUUCAGCGACCUCUUCUCCCUGGCGGAGGAAUACGAGGACUCUUCCAGCAAACCACCCAAGAGCCGCCGGAAAGCCACCCUGUCCAGCCCACGCAGCCGCAAGAAUGCAGCGCAGCCUGCCAACAACGAGGAGGAGUCGGCCUCCAGCAGUGCCUCGGAGGAAGAGGACACCAAGCCCAAACCUACCAAGCGGAAACGAAAAGGUUCAUCAGCCGUUGGCUCGGACAGUGACUGAGGCCCCCGCGGCCCUGUGCUGGCAGCAGCCCGCCAAGGGCCUGGAGCGGCACGAACCACGGCCUGGAAGGCAGCACCGGCAGCUCUGUCUCUGCAUCCCCCCAUGCUGCACUGGGAGGGUACCUGCUGGCCUGCGCCCACCGCCACUUUUAACCCUUUUUAACCACGGAGCUGGGGUAGAGGCUGGCACCACUGCCGCUCUCCGGGCACGGGGCCCCUCCCCAUCUGCCUCCAGCUCCAGCCCCAGGGGCCCCAUCGGACGCCGCAGCCGCGGCAGGAAUGGGCAGGGGCCCCAGCACUAUCAGAUGCCUCCUAUUUUCAUACGAAGACUGUAAAUAAAUGCUGAGAACCGCC